AUGUCAAUAAGAGAAAUGAUGUAUCAGGCAGAGGAAGAUGAUGAAGAUAGAAGGGUGGCUGAUUAAAUGAAAAAAUGCAAAGAAAAGAUGAUUAACGAAAAAAGAAUGAAGCAAAUAAAUUAAACUUUUAAAUAAUAAAGAGAAAAAGCCUAUUUUAACCCAAAUCAAGCUUAAAACUACGGAGUAUUCUAAUAAAUGUAACCAGCUGGAUAUUAUGAACCUAACAGCUAGCAAAUCUUUUAUCAAAAUUACAUUAAUUAGGAAAUGAUAAGACAAUAAUAAUCUGAGGGCUACAACAAUUAUGACUUAGCUAUACCUUAAAGGCACAUCUAUGAUUUUAAUUAAGUGCCUCCUUUAAAUUUAAAUUUUGAGCAGAUGCAACCACUACAACAAAUGAUGCAAUAUUAUUCAACCAAUCUUAGCAACUCUCAGCUCCCUUAUUAGCAGUAAUAAAGAAAUAACUCCCUUAAUUCAUAUGAAUAUUAGAAUAUUUAUAAUCAUGAUGAAUCUACAAUUAAAAAGCAGUAAAAUUACUAAUAAUAAUAUACUAUUUAUGAGGAUUUUGAUAAUGAGCAGGAGGAAGAAACUCAGGAAUGUUAUUUUUAUGAAAAUAAAAAUAUUUAUUAAUCUAAGUAAAAAAGUAACUAUUACCCUACUUACUAAGAUAACUACUCAGCAUUUAAAUAAAUUAAAGAUAAUUUCAAUAAAGAGAAUUCCUUCUCAUCAAAAAAAUCUCCUUAUCUUAGUGAUUUGUAAAGAAUAGAAGAUUCGUUUAAUAAAAUAAAUACUCCUUAAAAAUUUUUUGCUACAGAUAGAAGUAAUUAACCUAUCCUUUCAACUCCAUCAGCAACUUAAAAAAUUAUUAAUAAUCUAAAUAGUAUUUAAUUAACUCCUAGAAAUGAAAAAUAUACUAAUGCAAAACCUUAAGAUGGAUAUAAAUCCCAUCAAACAAAUAUAACAAAAUACAACAGUCUGUUUGAAAAAGAAACAAUUAUUGAUUGUCAGUAAGAUAUAAGAUAAAAGUACUAAAACUCUAACCAACAAAGCAAAAGUAGAAUUUUUUAAGGGAAAAAAGAACAAAAAUAGAGAGUUUAAGAGAGUAAUUAAAAGUAUGAAAAUAAUAACUAGAAUAAAUUUAAUUUUGAUUAAUAUGGUUUCUAGAAAAACGGUGAAUAUUAAUCUCAAUACAAAAGAGUGACUGAAUAUAAAAAUGCUGCAAUAAACUUUUCUUAGAACUAAUUAAUCACAAUAAAGGACUACUAGUUUUCAAUGAAUAAAAAGAUAGGAUAAGGAGCUUUUAGUUAAGUAUUUUUGGGGCAUAAAAGAUUAAAUCCUAAUUUUCCUGUUGCUGUAAAGAUAAUUGAUUUGUAAAAGUAAUCUAAAUUUCAAGAAGAAAUAGAAAUAUGUCUCAAAAUUAAUGGAAAUAAAAAUAUUCUCCGCAUAUAUGAUUAUCAUCUUGAGAAAAGUAAUAAUAAAUGUUAUUUAUUCUUAGAAUUUUGUGAAGGAGGAAACUUAGAAAGUAUAAACAACACAAUAACUAGGAGACAGGCAAUAAUUUACUUUAGAUAAAUUUUAGAUGGAAUGAAAGAGCUUCUGAGACAUAAAAUUAUUCAUAGAGAUAUUAAACUUGAAAACAUCUUAAUUAAUGAAGGAUAGAUUAAAAUUAGUGAUUUUGGACUUUCAAAGCAAGUUUAGAAUAAUCUUUUAGAUGUUAAUAGCAUCAAAUGUGGUACACCAUCAACUAUGGCUCCAGAAAUAUUUUUUUCCCAUACAUCCUAUCCUUCAUACAACAACAAAUGUGAUGUGUGGUCUCUUGCUGUCAUUUUGCAUGAAAUGUUUUACAAAGUACACCCAUUUAAUAUGAAUAAAGAAAUGCUUAGAAAAUUUUAAAGGAUUCAGGUUGAACAUAAAUGUGAUAUUGUAGAAGACUUUUUAAGCAAAAGCUUGGUUUAUAAUUAAAAAAAAAGAAUGAGCUUAGAAGAGAUUUUCAAUCACAAAAUUUACACAGCAGAUAUUUCAGAAUUCAAAUUGUAAGAAAAUCAAGUUUAUCUAGCCUAAGUAGCAGAUAAGAAAAGUAUUCUGCAGACUGAAACAAUAAAAUAAGUUUAAACAUAAUCUAAGGUUUUAAAGUCUGGUGAAAAAAAAGAUUAAAUCAAGUAAAAUAAAAAUGGUUCAAUUCAAACUUUAAGUUUGAUUAAAUCAAUAAUAUUUGAAUCUUUUACUUAAAAUAACUUUGGGCUUGCAUUAUUAUUAUUGAUUGUGGUAGGGUUGAUAAUAGCAAUAAUUUUGCUUCCAUUUUUUUCGAAUUGA